AUGCCUUCCCAACUAGUGAUCCCGACACAUGGACGAGAUUGCGCAUACUGUGGUGAUCUGAGACACCUUCAUGAGACUUGUUUGAAAUUGCCUGACUACCCCGACUGGUGGGCCACUCUCAAAGAUCGAACAAAACUCAAUACGACCCGUAAUGAUACUGGUUAUGGAUUCCAUGCUUCGAAUAAGAGUGAUUCCACGAGCUGGAUAAUUGAUUCCGGUGCAACUGAUCAUAUGACGUUUGAUCCUGAUGAUUUUCUGAAUACUACCCAGCCUCGAUGA